UGCCUGAAGCAGAGGGAGAGGACACGGCUUUUCGGCUAUGCCAGGGUGAGCCCCGUGAGAAUAGAUCGUUGCGAUCUGUUUGGGACUCCUGUGGUUGACCAUGAGACACGAGGCGCUGGGGACGCUGGGGGGGAGUCCGUUAAAACAAAAUGGCGUCUUGUGAUGCCGCCGUUGGCGCCGAAAGUUCAAAUAACGGAAUAAAAGAAGCUCUAAAGAGGAAAAUGACAGAGAAUCUAAAUAAGAAGGAAGAAGCCGAAAGUUCUAAAGAAGAAGUAAAAGAAGUUCUAAAGAGGAAAAUGACAGAGAAUCUGAAUAAGAAGGAGGAAAUGAGAAAAAUAAGCGAACAAAAUAUCCAAAAGAAAAACCUGCACUUACUCAAGUUAGGAGCUUUGCAGGAGGAAUUAACACGUAGGAGAUUUCGAUGUGAAGUUUUGGAAAUCGCAUGCCCUGUACAUGACCCUGCCUCGCCAUUUGCCGCUUCUAAAAACAUUCCUACAGCUGCUUUACUUGUUUAUCGACGAGGCAGUUGCAGCUAUAGUGUGGAGACUGGCCCGUUUGAAUCUGUAAGGCUUGUUAUUUACCCUGACUACACAUGGAGGCUGGACGUUCCCAUUUUGGGGUACAUUGUCAUAGACAGAGGGGUGUUAGCAAAGAAGGGUGAGGCGCUGGAGGUUGCUCAGAAGGUCCUCAAUGAGUCCUGUGUGUUUUGCCCUGGGCUAGUUGGAAUAGAAGACUUUAAGAUAAGCCUCGGCUACACCCCAAAAGGCAUAGAAUUAAUUAAAGGUAGUUACCACUCCAAGCAGUGUAAGCUGUGGCACAUGCCAAGAACCAGUCACAAUGAUGAACCUUUCAAUGAAGAUUUUAGGAUGCUAAAUACUUGCGGGCCAUGCAAGAGAAUCCGCUGCUAUGUCAGGAAACAAGUAAAAUCAAAGAAAAAAGUAGACAGCGCAGUAAGAUGUAAGAAACAAAACUCAUCCAAUUCCUGUCAUAUCAAGUUUCUGUCACCAAAAAGCAAAACAAAACGCUCAAGAGAUACUUCUCCGCAAUGAUGGUACUUGGACAAGCAAGUAAGAAAGUUAUACAAGAGAACUAAGGUGUAAUUACCCAUACAGGAACUCUCUCUGUUGAUCCAGGCAAUAAAAGAGUAUGUUGAUGGUCAGAGAGAGCUUGAAGCUAUCUUUGAAAAGGGAAAUGACAUUGCCAAUUGUGGUGGGGGGAACCUGGGGGAAUUCCAUGCAGUAUAUGGAACAAGAAUACGGCUCACUUCUACAAUGAUCAACUAAGUAUACUAUAGCUUGAAUCUGUUUUCCAAAUUCUGCAUCAAGAAAUCCUCAAGUUACCAUAUCCUGCAAUGCAAAAAGGUUAUCAAGGGAGAUAACAGCCCUGGAAUAGAGCACCAUUUCCCCAUAAAAACACAGAGUUACCUGGGGUUGCCAAGACAGGAGAAGAAAAAAUAAAAUUAAGAAACCAUUGACGCCUUGUGCAACCAAAAUGUUACUGUCUUCGACAAAAAACUUGUCUCUAGUGUGAAGAGCCUGUCUGAGACAAAAAACUUGUCUCUAGUGUGAAGAGCCUAUCUUAGACAAAAAACUUGUCUCAAGUGUGAAGAGCCUGUCUUAGACAAAAAACUUGUUUCUAGUGUGAAGAGCCUGUCUUAGACAAAAAACUUGUCUCUAGUGUGAAGAGCCUGUCUUAGACAAAAAACUUGUCUCUAGUGUGAAGAGCGUGUCUUAGACAAAAAACUUGUCUCUAGUGUGAAGAGCCUGUCUUCGACAAAAACUUGUCUCUAGUGUGAAGAGCCUGUCUGAGACAAAAAACUUGUCUCUAGUGUGAAGAGCCUGUCUUAGACAAAAAACUUGUCUCUAGUGUGAAGAGCCUGUCUUAGACAAAAAACUUGUCUCUGGUGUGAAGAGCCUGUCUUAGACAAAAAACUUGUCUCUAGUGUGAAGAGCCUGUCUUAGACAAAAAACUUGUCUCUAGUGUGAAGAGCCUGUCUUAGACAAAAAACUUGUCUCUAGUGUGAAGAGCCUGUCUUAGACAAAAAACUUGUCUCUGGUGUGAAGAGCCUGUCUUAGACAAAAAACUUGUCUCUAGUGUGAAGAGCCUGUCUUAGACAAAGUCAAGACAAGUCUUGGUUUUAGCAGGGAGUUAAUUCCCUGGAUUCAGGCAGAUUAUUCUGAAAUACCAGCAAAGUUUUUGCAUUGUUUUAUUCUAAACUCCAAGAGAUUCUUGCUGAUAUAAGUGCAAAGAAUUUUUCUCCAGCAAAGUCUUGCACAUUAUUUAUCCUCCUUAAAUCUGUUUAUUCAGCCAGCCUAGUAGAAUUCAAGACUGGAGUAUUAGGAUAUUGUUUAUUUUUCAUUCAUAUGUGUAUGUGAUCCUUUACUAUCAAUUAUCUUUGAACUUAAUAAACGUUGCUUGGAGGUG